AUGGCGAUUGAUGGUGGUGGUGGGAGGAGCUGUGGCGUGCAUGAGCUCAUCUGUGCCAGACGAGUGUCUCCUGAGCUGCUAGGGGUCCUGUCUUCCAUUGCGGCCUUCAUGGCCCUGAUGGCUGUCUUUUUUCUUUACCUCAGCAACAAGCUGUCAGUGGAGAGCACAAGUGACCUGUCAUGUCUAGACGACUAUAGGCCCGACCAGCAAGACCAGAGCUGCCCAGACCAGAGCUGCCCAGAGCGUGGCUCUGAGGAGGACAGAUCAGGGAGACACUCUGAACCCUCAGCCCAGCACAGAGCCUCAGUCUGGGACAACAGACAUAAACCCACCAGUGAUCACAGCAGUGAGGCCUCCAUUGGACAAACCGACAAUAUCCAGCGGAUGAGACGGGGCUCUCCACUCAACGAGCUCCAGCCUCCCCCGUAUCAGGAUGUGGAUAGACCGGUCCGGGUGUCUCGCUCGCGGUCGGAAGCAGGGGGCCUUGAGGAUUCGUACCCAGACGGCAAUGGUACAAGGUGCUCCAGCGAGGCCAGCGUUGACCAGGACACUACGAGUUACCUCAACAAGGGCUAUGAUGAGGAUGUACCUAGUGACAGCACUGCCGUCCUGGGACCAGAGGAUGGUUCACCCUCCCAGCUCCCCGUGGGCUAUGAGCCCGAGCCACUGGCCAAGUACGGCACGCUGGACGUGGCCUUCGAGUAUGACUCGGGCGAGCAACACCUCGCCGUCACUGUCACCGCGGCAACCGACAUCCCUGCGCUCAAACAGACAGGCAACAUCGCGUGGCAGGUACACCUGGUACUACUGCCCACUAAGAAGCAGCGGGCCAAGACGGGGGUGCAGAGGGGGCCGUGCCCAGUGUUCACAGAGACCUUCCGCUUCUCCCGGGUGGAGCAGGAGGCACUGGCGGACCACGCAGUCCGGUUCCGCCUCUACAGCAUCAGGAGGAUGAAGAAGGAGAAGGUGUUGGGCGAGAAGGUUUUCUAUUUGACUAAACUCAACCUGCAGGGAAAGAUGACACUGCCCGUUACACUGGAGCCUGGCACAGCACUAAUGGGCUGUGGGUCGUUGGUGAGUGUGUCUCGUAGUGCAGGGGCUCUGUCCUACCGUUCCACCGGGGACUCCACACCAGAGAUCCUACUGGGCCUCAUCUACAACUCCACCACUGGUAGGCUCUCUGCAGAGGUCAUCCAGGGCAGCCACUUCAAGAACACAGCCUCAGACAAACCUCCCAGUGGUCUGUUUUGUUGUAUAAAACAGUUAAUAGGGGGACAACUUUACAUCAUGAGAGACACCUAUGUGAAGCUGACCAUGCUCGACUCCAAGGGCAAGGAGAUGUCCAAGUGCAAGACGUCGGUGUGCCGCGGCCAGCCCAACCCUAGUUACAAGGAGACCUUUGUCUUCCAGGUGGCCCUCUUCCAGCUGUCCGAGGUCUCCCUGGUGGUGUCGGUGUACAGCCGGAGGAGCAGCAUGAAGGCCAGGGAGAGGGUGGGCUGGGUGUCCCUGGGGUUCAACAGCACCGGAGAGGAGCAGCAGGCCCACUGGAGCCAGAUGAAGGAGGCCGAGGGACAGCAGGUGUGCCACUGGCACACACUCUUGGAAUCUUGAACAGGUCUUAAUGAGAAUCACAAGAUUUGAUCUCGAUGACAUAGAAUAACCUGUAUAAAUAAUGGUGAAAUUAAAUGUUUAAAUAGGAGGAGGAAUAUGAUGGAGGAUCUUGACCUCGGUGUUGAGAGGGGAAUUGGUUCCUUGAGCUUCCUUCAGAGAUGCAGACGAGGAGCUGAGGAACAAUCCGUCCAUGCUAUGCAUAUGAACCUGUCAUGGGAUGUGUGUGAGGGUGCAGUGCUUUGAGAGGCACGUGGAUUCCACAUGGAGUCUCCGUUCAUUAAGUGCUGCUUUAAUACCAUUUAAUCCGUAAAACAGCCACUUAACCUGAGAAAGACUGAAUGGUUCUACACUCCACUGGUUCUUAGCAAUGACUUCCUGCUCCUGUCAUUGUCAAUGGUGACUGUCAGACUGAUCUUUUUAAUACAAUAGCUGAUAGACCUCAAUUAUGAACUGGUCCUGAAAUGGAUACAACCGAUCCUGAAAUGGAUGCAACUGCUACUGAAAUGAACACAACUGGUCCUGAAAUGGACCAUUCAGUCUCAGAUUGAGGACAAUUUUGUGUAAUUCAUUUCCCAUAUUCUGGUCCAUAAUAGUAUAUUUGCAUGUAAUUGUUUACAGAAGAUUAUGAAAAUAUGACCAUACAUAUCUCGUACAAUGGACCAUUUUCAUCCUGAACGGAGGACCAAAGAGUGUGUGGAAGAACAACGACCAAAACAAGCCAGCCCCCUCACAUUCUUCCGGGGUUGUACUGACCAUAGAAAUAGAAUUACAAGAAGGGACAAAGCCCCUCAGACCACUGCAAAUUAAAUGAUACACUCAUGGAUUCACUCAAUAUGGCCGACAUGGUAAUUCUAUUUCUAUGGUACUGACUUCAAAUGACACCAGCAUAUUAGUCAUUUCUCAACUGACGCUCGCAGCCAUCGGUAACGGGGAUGAUGCAAUGGAAGACUGUUACCAUGACUUAAAGCCAGCUGGGCCUGUAACGUGCUGCAACAACUAUGCUAACGAGCUAUGCUUAUUUAUACACUUUGUUAAAUUUGCGUGACAUUAUGCAAUAUCAAUUUUACUGAUUUGUUAUUUUUCGUCCUAUUUUAGGGGUUUCUUUUUACAGCUGUUUCAUCUCCCGUUAUAAUACCAUGUCUUUGUGUGCAUGUGUUCAGAACACAAAUACAAACUACAUUUUCAGAGUGGUCUUACAUAAUGUGAGUCACAUUUAGCAUCAUUUGAGAAUAGAAAAACUAUAUUUGUUUUGUUGUGGUACACUGAAUCAAACAACUCUGUAGCCAAUACCAUCCUUAUAAAAGACCCAGCACCUUUCAUGUAUUACACAUUAGCGCUACAGUGCCUUAAGAAAGUAUUCACACUUUUUCCACAAUUUGUGUUACAGCCUGAAUUUCAAAUGGAUUAAAUUGACA